AUGAAGCCGCCCUCAUUCAAGGGAGGAAUUGAACCAAUGAAAGUAGAAGCAUGGGUGUUGGGUAUAGAAAAGUUAUUCAAAGUUUUUUCUUGUACUGAAGCCCAAAAAGUGCAACUUGCUACCUUCACUCUUGAGGAUGAAGCACGAAGGUGGUGGAUGCUUACGAGAACUGUGCACCAAGGAUUAACAUGGGAUAGAUUUUUGGAGCUAUUCUAUGACAAGUAUUUCCCCCAUAGUAUACGAGACAAGAAAGUGACUGAGUUCGAGACCUUAAGGCAGGGAAACAGGGCUGUUGCAGAGUAUGAGGCUCAAUUUGCUGAAUUGGCCAGUUUCGCACCACAUAUGGUGGAUACGGAUUAUAAGAAGGCAAGAAAGUUUGAAGGUGGAUUACGGACUGCUAUCCUCAACCAGAUUAAUGUGUUAAAACUACCUACGUAUGUCGAUGUGUUGGAAAGGGUAGUGAUUGCCGAAGGGGCAUGCUUCAAAUGUGCGAAGACAAGUCAUUUGGCCAGGGAAUGUCCGCAGAAGAAUCGACAGAAUGGGGAGAGAACCAUUGCAAGUUCAACUGGGGCAACCCUUACUCCAACUACAAAGACAACUAUAAAACCCGCCAAAGCUAAAGAUACCGCUAAACAAGGAAGAGUGUUUGCGCUGAUCCCGGGCGAUGUACAAAAUACCGAGGUUGUGGUAUCAGGUACAUUUUCUAUUAAUGGUCACUCCGUAAAUGUGUUAUUUGACUCAGGCUCUACCCAUUCCUUUGUAUCAAAAGCAUUUGCUAGUCAUUUAAAUAGGCCAAUGGAACCAUUACCUUAUGUUUUGUGUGUGUCCUCACCAUUGAGAGAGUCCAUGGUAUGUGCAUCUAUUUAUUUUGCAUGUGAAAUUCUAAUCGGGGAUGUUUGGGUGGAUGCCAACUUGUUGCCUCUUGAUAUGGCUUACUUCGACAUAAUUUUGGGGAUGGAUUGGUUCAGCAAGUAUCAUACAACCAUAGAUUGCGUUUCGAAACAAGUUAUGUUCCAACUCCCAGGACAAACUGAGUUCACUUUUAGGGGCCAGAGGGUAGUUUCCCCACCCUAUAUGAUUUCUGCAAGAAAGGUGUGUAAGUUACUGCUAAAAGGCUAUCAAGGGUAUUUGUGUAGUAUUUUAAAUGAACAAGUAGGGAAUGGAAGCCUUGAUGCAAUUCCAAUUGUGCAGGAUUUUCCAGAUGUUUUUCCAGAAGAGCUGCCGGAAGAGUUAAUUGAUCGUGAAAUUGAGUUUAUAAUUGACAUAGUGUCAGGAACUCAGCCUAUUUCCAAAACCCCUUAUAGAAUGUCACUCGCCGAAAUGAAAGAGUUGAAGAUUCAGAUCAACGAUUUGUUUGAUCAAUUACAGGGUGCACAAGUCUUCUCUAAAAUAGAUUUGUGGUCUGGGUAUCACCAACUGAAGGUUAAAGCUGAGGAUGUCGAGAAAACUACUUUCCGGAAUCGUUACGGACAUUAUGAGUUUUUAGUCAUGCCGUUUGGGGUCACUAAUGCACCAGCGGCCUUCAUGGAUCUGAUGAAUCGAGUUUUUAAGCCUUACUUGGACGAUUUUGUAGUUGUGUUUAUCGAUGACAUCCUUAUUUACUCAACAAGUGUGGAAGCUCAUGAGAAUCAUCUACGAUGUGAAGUUUAUACUGAUCAUAAGAGUCUUAAGUACUUCUUCACUCAAAAGGAAUUAGACAUGCGUCAGAGACGGUGGUUAGAACUUAUUAAAGAUUAUGACCUACAAAUUCAGUAUCACCCCGAUAAAACUAAUACAGUUGCAGAUGCCCUUAGCCGAAAGAGUAUGGGAAAUUUGGCAAAUCUGCUCACGAGGCAGAAAGAGUUACUACGUGACUUGGAAAGAAUGAAUGUGGGAAUUGUGUUACAUGAUCAAAAUGCAACAGUAGCAGCGAUAGUAACCCAACCAGCAAUCAUGGAAGAAACUAAACAACGACAAUUGGAAGAUGAAUUUCUACAAAAAAUGUGUGAUGAACUGGAAAUGAAACCAAGGCCCGGGUUCAUAACUUAA